AUGCACAGUUUUCACCUUAUCCAUCUUCUUUCUGCUGUGAUACAAUUUCUUAUUGGGAUUUUUGCAAAUGGUGUUAUUUUGAUUGUGAAUGGGGCCGAACUGAUCAAGAAUAGAAGAAUGUCUUCAUUGGAGCUUCUCCUUUCCUGCCUGGCGAUCUCUAGGAUUGGGAUACAGUGGUCAAUCCUCUAUGUUAAUCUGUAUUUUCUCUCCUUGAUAGAAUUGGUUACAUUUACUGAGAAUUUUUUGGUUUUCUUGUUUAUGAAUGAAUUAGCGCUUUGGCUUGCCACCUGGCUUGGUGUUUUCUACUGCAUCAAAAUCACCAACAUUGCCCACCCAUUCUUCUGGUUGAAGAGGAGGAUUUCCAAGUUGGUACCCUGGUUGAUCCUGGGAUCUCUGCUAUAUUCAUUGAUUGCUGCUUUUUUACACAAUGAAAAUAUGUGGUCUUAUUUCAAAGAUACCUGGUUGAACAAAUUCUCAGAAAAUGCAACGACUCAAACCAAAGAAUUAGCUCCUCUUCAGUUUGGCUUUCUUGUCUUUGAGCUGUCGUCAUCAUUAUUUAUAUUCUUAGCGGCUGUUCUGCCCUUGAUGUUUUCCUUGGGGAGACAUGCCAGGCAGAUGAGAAACACUGCAGUGGGCGCCAGGAACUGGAGGGUGAGAGCCCACGUCAGCGCACUGCUCUCCAUCCUGUCCUUCCUCAUCCUCUAUGUCUCUUUCUACACGACGACUGCUUUGUUCUCUUUUGGAAUCUUCAAUAGCAACAGCCUCAACUUUCUGUUCCAUGUUUUUGUGCUUGGCACAUACCCCUCUGGACACUCUGUCAUCUUAAUUUUAGGAAAUCCUAAACUGAAAGAAAAUGCAAAGAGAUUUCUCCUUCACAGUAAGUGCUGUCAGUGA